GAGACAGAGCUCCUACCGGUAUGACCCUGGAUGACCCAGCUCUGAUCCUGUGUACAGGCUGGCGAUCUGUAACAGACUGAGCAAGCGGAUCAACUAGAUCGCAGUCGUCCACCGCUGCGCCAGCGCACAAGGCAGGAACGUAGAAUGAAGAAAUGAACGAAUGAAUGAAUGAGCUACAUCGGCAGCCGGGCCUCUGUUACGUCUCCACCGGCGCGGGCGUGGCCGUGGACAUCAGGCCCGCCGGGUGUGGGCAGCCCAGUCCCACCGUCGCGCGGCAGGAUCACUCACCAGCGCCGGAGAUCGGCGCCGCCCCACGCCACCUCCCCCAAGUCCCUGCCCCGCCGCUGCGCGUCACUUCCGCCACCUCCAGGCCGGGGCUGGGGCGGGGUGUGUGUGGGGGGGCCAGGUCCGAGGGAAGCCGGCCCGCGGCCGAGCAGGGACUACAUUUCCCAAGGGGCCACGCUGGUGGCGGCGGCGGCGGCGGCGGGCGCGGCAACGUCCCCCGGAAGUGGAGCCCGGGACUUCCACUCGUGCGUGAGGCAAGCGGAGCCGGAGUCGAGACCAGAGGCCGAACUCGGGAUCUGAC